UUCUACGUAAAGACUUUGUUACCUGUUGAGCUGACAUGAUGGUGAACUGCUGUGGCCUGCUUACCGCCAAUAAAGCACCAGUUCCUCUGAAGAGCAUCGAGGUGGAGCUGGAGGUCAGGGACCAUGUGGCUACGGUGGUCUCCACCCUGACCUACGAGAACAAGGAGGACAAACCAGUAGAGGCUGUUUUUGUCUUCCCUCUGCCUGGAGAUGCUGCUGUCUGUCAUUUCAGUGCUAAGAUUGGACAGACACAGAUUGUAGCUGAGGUGAAGGAGAAACAGCAGGCUCGUGAGGAGUAUGAUGAUGCGCUGAGCUCUGGUCAGCAGGCCUUCCUGUUGGAGGAGAGUGAGCAGAGUCCAGAUAUAUUCACCCUGAGUGUGGGCAGUCUGCCUCCAGGAGAGAGCGCCUCCAUCAGGCUGGAGUACGUCACUGAGCUGGCUGUUCAGGCUGAUGACGGGCUGAGGUUUUGUCUGCCUGCUGUGCUCAACCCUCGCUACCAACCUCAGGGAAGUGGAGGUAGUGAAGGUGCCACACCAAUCACAGCACUUUUCCAGGGUCAAAGGUCACUGGUUUAUGCCCAGUGCACCGGAGAGAGUUCAGAGGCAGCACAGGGCUGUGUGACGGUGAAGUACAGCCUGGCAGGUCAUCCCUCUAAGAACCAGCUCCCAUUCAGUCUCAAACCUGCAGAGGACACUGGAUUAACAGUCCACAGGUUGGGUGCUCGGACUCUGAUUCGCUCCCUGGAGAUGGAGGAGAGAGAACACAGAGGACAGCAAGAUGAAGGAGUGAAGAAGAAAGUGGUGGAGCUCAGUGUCCAAUCAGGGGUCAGCAGUUCCUACACUGCCUUUAUUGUUCUCAAUAAAGGCAAUAGAAAGCCGAUUCAAGGACCUCUGGUGCGCAGAAAUAUUCCAACACCCGUAUUGUUGAAGGCCCGUGCUCUACCCAUGAUUGCAAGACGUAGUUGUAGAGGAGCUACGCUUGGCAGACUUCACAGAAAAAUGGGGAAACCAAAUCUGCGUGGACUGCUUCAGCUCAAUAGUUCUUCAGCUGUACUUGCUUCAGCCUUGGAUGAUGAAGAUAUUGAAAGCACCAUCCCCAAACAGCCUUGCAGAGACCCUUUGCUGCAGGUGGUUUCCCUCCAGAAUGCGUCCGGCUCCUGGCUGUUAGAUCCAGCUCUGGCUGAUGCAUUAGGAAAGACCCGCGAGCAGGUGGACAAGUCAAAGCCUGCAUCGGUGAACCAGGAAGUGUGGGCCACCAUUCUGGCUCUGAUCUGGCUUCAUGCUUUAAAAAUGGAUGCUAAGGAGGAGUGGGAGCUUCUGGCUAUGAAGGCUGUGUCAUGGCUCCGUGCUCAGAAUGCACCAUCUGUGGCAGACUGUGUGGAAGCUGGAAAUGCACUGUUGGGUUGCAAGGUGCAGGAAGACGUCCUGGGGCUCUGAGGUUUUCAUUAAACCGGCUGCUCUUAAGGAUUGGUGCAGAGAAGCAGAUUUA